AUGGGACAGCAACAGUCUGGUUUCGGUGGCAAAGGAAACGAGCGUGGUGGAGGGGAUGCCGAUAAGGAAAAGAAAAAGAAGUAUGAGGCUCCAAUACCGUCGAGAAUCGGCAAGAGAAAGAAGGGCUCGAAGGGCCCAGACACUGCCAGCAAACUUCCUGCAAUCACUCCUCACGCCCGAUGCCGUCUGAAGUUGUUAAAAAGUGAGAGAAUAAAGGACUACCUUUUGAUGGAGCAGGAGUUUAUCCAAAAUCAGGAACGUCUCAAGCCCCAGGAAGAGCGUCAAGAAGAGGAAAGAACAAAGGUGGACGAACUUCGAGGUACACCAAUGGCUGUUGGUUCAUUAGAGGAAAUCAUCGAUGACCAACACGCCAUUGUUUCUACAAACGUAGGAAGUGAACACUAUGUGAACAUAAUGUCGUUCGUAGACAAAGAGCAGCUUGAGCCAGGAUGUGCUGUUUUACUUAACCAUAAGAACCAUGCUGUCAUUGGAGUACUUGCUGAUGAUACUGAUCCAAUGGUUUCAGUAAUGAAGCUUGAAAAAGCGCCACAGGAAACCUAUGCUGAUGUCGGUGGCUUGGAUCAACAAAUACAAGAAAUCAAGGAGUCGGUCGAGUUGCCGUUAACUCAUCCAGAAUACUAUGAGGAAAUGGGAAUAAAACCGCCAAAAGGUGUCAUUCUUUACGGUUGUCCUGGAACCGGUAAAACGUUGCUUGCCAAAGCGGUCGCGAAUCAGACUUCAGCCACUUUUCUCCGAAUUGUCGGUUCAGAGCUUAUACAAAAGUAUCUUGGUGAUGGUCCAAAAAUGGUGCGCGAACUUUUCCGCGUUGCUGAGGAGAACGCACCGUCCAUUGUCUUCAUUGACGAAAUCGAUGCCGUCGGAACGAAACGGUACGACUCUAAUUCGGGUGGAGAGCGUGAGAUUCAGCGUACCAUGCUCGAGCUGCUCAAUCAGCUUGAUGGUUUCGACUCACGUGGUGAUGUGAAGGUGCUGAUGGCAACCAACCGCAUCGAGUCUCUUGAUCCCGCUCUUAUACGUCCCGGCCGUAUCGAUAGAAAAAUAGAGUUCCCACUGCCUGACGAGAAAACGAAACGAAGAAUCUUCCAGAUACACACUUCCCGAAUGACCCUAAGUGAGGACGUGAAUUUGGAAGAAUUCAUUCUUGCGAAGGAUGAGUUAAGUGGAGCUGAUAUAAAGGCCAUGUGUACGGAAGCUGGUCUAUUAGCUCUUCGUGAGCGACGUAUGCGUGUUACUAUGGAAGACUUCCAGAAAGCGAAAGAGAAUGUUCUCUAUCGGAAGAAGGAAGGCGCACCUGAAGAACUUUAUUUAUAG